AUGGCAGAAGGCCAAGAAGAACCGAAAAAGAUAACAAUUACAGUAAAAACUCCAAAGGAGAAACAACAAGUUGAAAUUGAGGAAGAUGCUGACAUUAAAAAACUUAAGGAUGUACUGUCUCCUAAAUUCAACGCUGAGUCUGAACAAUUAUGUCUCAUAUUUGCUGGAAAAAUAAUGAAUGAUAGUGAUACUUUGAAACAACAUAAUAUCAAGGAUGGGUUGACUAUACAUCUUGUAAUCAAGACACCUCCAAGACCGGAACCUGAAGGAGGUACUCGCCGCCCGCCAGCUGACAUAGGUGCCACUCCAUUUGGAUUAAAUUCUCUUGGUGGUCUUGCUGGCUUAGAAAGUCUUGGCUUAGGUCAGAGUACUUUUAUGGAUUUACAGGCAAGAAUGCAACAGGAGUUGUUAUCUAAUCCUGACAUGUUGAGGCAAGUGUUAGACAACCCUCUAGUGCAACAAAUGAUGAAUGAUCCAGAGAAUAUGCGCACACUUAUUACUUCAAAUCCCCAAAUGCAAGACUUGAUGUCUCGUAACCCAGAGAUCAGCCAUAUGCUCAAUAAUCCUGAGUUACUUCGUCAGACAAUGGAACUAGCGCGCAAUCCUGCAAUGCUUCAAGAGCUCAUGAGAUCUCAUGAUCGGGCUCUGUCUAAUCUUGAAAGUAUACCAGGUGGAUAUAACGCAUUGCAACGCAUGUAUCGGGAUAUUCAAGAGCCAAUGUUAAAUGUAGCUAGUAGCAUGGCCGGAAAUCCAUUCUCGGGGCUUGUGGAUAAUUCAGACGGAACGAAUCCGCAACAAGGCGCCGAGAAUCGCCAACCGUUGCCCAACCCGUGGCAGCGGGGUGGUGGUGGUGGAAGCGGUGGAGGCGGUGGUGCGGGCGCUGCUACGGGCCCUGGCCUAAUCAACACUCCCGGAAUGCAGUCACUCCUGCAGCAGAUGUCGGAGAACCCACGCCUGGUGCAGUCGAUGCUCUCGGCGCCCUACACCAACAACAUGCUGCAAGCUCUGGCUGCAGACCCCGAUAUGGCUACUCAGCUCAUCAAUCAGAACCCAAUGUUCGCCAACAACCCACAACUGCAAGAACAAAUGCGCACAAUGAUGCCCCAGAUGCUUGCUCAACUUCAGAAUCCUGAGAUGCAACAGAUGAUGACUAAUCCACAGGCCUUAAAUGCACUGCUCCAAAUACAACAAGGCAUUGAGCAGCUGCGCACAGCAGCUCCGAGUUUGGUGAAUAACUUGGGUCUAGGAGUGGCGGCGGCCACUGCGCAGCCACCCACCACCACCACCACCACUACAACACCCACACCGCCAUCAGGGCAAACCAACGCCCCGCCUCGUCAGCAGCAAAACUCUGAGCUGUUUUCACAGUUCAUGCAGCGAAUGAUGGCAGCCAUGUCAAAUAACCAAACAAGCUCCAAUCAGCCACCAGAGCAACGCUACUCUCAACAACUGGAACAACUUACUGCUAUGGGCUUUCUCAACAGGGAGGCCAAUCUGCAGGCGCUGAUUGCAACAUUUGGCGAUGUGAAUGCUGCUGUGGAAAGGCUACUGGCUCUCGGGCAGUUGUCCAUGAGC